AGUUGUCAAGUCAACAAUGUCAAAGAUUUGAUGUAAGAUUUUAAGGCUAUGAUUUAAGUGUGAAAUUUUCUUUCUUUAACAACUACGAUAACCAUUUCUGAUAUAUUGGACAUUUUAAAAUCAUGGAUUGGCUGGGGUCUACCAUUUUAAAAACAUUUUGGAGGCCAACUUUUAAUAUAGUAAGAACACGGUAUCAUGCAGAUAAAUCACGUCUGGUGCGGAGAUAUGGAUAUGAAGAAAAGAUAUGGUGUGGUGGUCUACUGCCCAGAACUGGGACCAGGCCUUUACCAAUCCCAGAAUACAGGCCUGCAAAUGUAUGGGCUGAAAGAAAAGCUUUAUUUGGUCAGAAUGACUACAUAGAUAUAUUGGGAUCUGGUGACAUACAUCCAGUUAAAACAUUAUAUAAUGUACCGUCUUGGAUUAGGGGUGUCAGUGGAAUGGAAUAUCAUAUUUUACUAAGGAAGAGGAAAAUGUGGGCUCGAACAGGCUCACCUGUUGUGAGACCAACCAAGUGGAAGGAAAUUGAAAAGAGACUUGGAUUUCUUUAUAGAAAGUUGAAUAGAAAAACAAAAACUGGACCUUCACCAAAUUAACUUUCUAUGUAAUAAUAUAAUUUCAACUGUAGAUAAAGUAAUUAGUUUUUUGUUUAUGUAGUUCUGUCAUGGAGAGAGAUUAUUGUUAUCAUAAUUACUUUAAUUUUUGCUUUUGUUUCCAAUUUAUCAAACUAUGGGAAUAAAAUAAAUAUGAAAAGUAUUACAUUA